UCUUCUUUAUUGAGGUGGGCAAUGACAAAUAUGCAGCAGUUUAGACUAGUGCUCAGCACAGAACAUAAAUUUAUCCUUCUACUUCAGCCGUUGAUUUUGAAACUUGUAAUCAACUCUCUCUCUGUCUCUCUCUCUCUGUUUGCCUCUGUUUUCUCUCACACUCCCAUAUAUUUACAAUUGUUUCAUCUACAGACAAUUUCUCUCUCUCCUUCCCUCUCUUUCUCUCUAUCUCUCUAUAUAUAUAUAUAUAGCCAUGUUAGGGGUUUCUCUAACAAGACUGCGCAAGCGGAAAGCAGUGUUCUAUGGGAUGGGUUCUCUGUUUCUACUAUUUCUUGUGUGUUUCUGCCUUUACUGGCUCAUUCACAGCAUCUCUGUGGAUUCACACAGCACGACAGGGCCUGGAAACAUCAUUGAAGGCAUCGUCUUUGUAAAUGGAACAACAUCAAUCGGAACAAUAGAUGAUGAUUUCGUUUGUGCCACUCUGGAUUGGUGGCCUCCUGAGAAAUGUGACUAUGGAACUUGUAGCUGGGGUCAAGCUUCUAUACUCAAUCUAGACCUUAACAACACAAUACUAAAGAAUGCGAUCAAAGCAUUUUCUCCCCUAAAACUUAGGGUAGGGGGCACCUUACAAGACAAAGUGAUAUACGAAAGAGAAGGCAAUCCGGAACCCUGCAGCCCAUUUGUCAAAAAUAGCUCUGAGUUUUUAGGCUUCUCUCAAGGCUGUUUGCCUCUCUCUCGCUGGGACCAACUCAACAUUUUCUUCAACAAAACCGGGGCAGUUGUUGUUUUUGGCCUGAAUGAACUAAGAGGAAAGACUAUAGAUUCCCAAGGUGCUGUAGGAGUUUGGAAUUCCAGUGAUGCUGAGUCUCUUAUACGAUAUACUGUCAGCAAGGGAUAUACCAUUCAUGGUUGGGAGCUUGGAAAUGAAGUGAGUGGAGGUGGAGUUGGAACUAGGGUUUCAUCAGAUCAGUAUGCAGCCGACCUAAACUCUCUCCAAAAGAUAGUGGACGAUAUUUAUGCUGGUUUUGAAGUAAAACCCCAAGUGAUAGCACCAGGAGGUUUCUUUGACGCAAACUGGUUCACAGCAUUCAUAGAGAAAACACCUAAAACUCUUCAAGUUGUUACCCACCAUAUUUACAGCCUUGGUCCAGGCAGUAAUGAUCACCUUAUUGAGGAGAUCCUCAAUCCAUCUACACUUGACAGCAUAUCCAAUACUUUUGGAAGACUUCAAAGCAUUCUGAAGAGUACUGGGACUCAAGCAGUUGCAUGGGUUGGGGAAGCAGGGGGGGCUUAUAAUAGUGGCCAUAAUCUUGUCACUAAUGCAUUUGUUUUUAGUUUCUGGUAUUUGGACCAGCUUGGAAUGGCAUCAUCUUUUGAUACCAAAACAUACUGUAGACAAACAUUGAUUGGUGGAAACUAUGGCCUACUCGACACUUCCACCUUUGCUCCAAAUCCUGAUUACUACAGUGCCCUUCUUUUUCACCGCUUAAUGGGAAACAAUGUUCUGCCCACAAGCUUCUCGGGAACAAGUAAAAUACGCGCUUAUGCUCACUGUUCAAAGAAAACGCAAGGAAUCACGUUGCUUCUGAUCAACCUAGAUGGUAACAGUACAUUUCACGUGCGUGUGUCGACUGAAAAUGCUAGCAGCAGCCUCAUGACUUCAACUACACCAGAAAAUCGAAGUCCAAGAACAAAAUUUGCUGUAAAUCGUAAGGUUACAAGAGAAGAAUACCACUUGACAGCAAAAGAUGGGGAUUUACACAGUCGAACAAUGCUUCUAAAUGGGAAAACACUUGGUGUAGAUUCAAAUGGGGAUAUUCCACCCUUGGAACCAAUACAUGUAAAUGAAUCAGAUCCAAUAGCUAUUGCUCCUUUCUCUAUUGUAUUUGCUCAAAUACCUUAUAUUAACUUCUCUGCCUGUAAGUAAAUUGAUCAAAUCCCACU